AUGAUUUCGACAAACAGAUCAUUUUGGUUCGUGCUCACACUGUGUAUUACUGAAGCCGUUUUCGUGUCUGCUAUUCCACCGCGAGACGACUUUCCCGAAUGUCUGACCUCUGGUAUAAACUACGCGAGCAGACCGAAUCAAGUUGGGAACAGCGCGCGAGUAUCCUGUGAUUCUCGGGGUGGUGCCGAUCCACUGCCUACUCUGGUGUUAAUGCGGGGAACCGAAGUGUUGAAUGGUACACGGGAAGACGACGACCGUCAGGAAUUAUCGCGAAUUUCAUACGCUUGGCAAAUGUCGUGGAUGGACAAUGGAGCUACAAUUACCUGCCAAGAAACACACCCGGAACUACCAGAACCCAGAUAUUGUGAGAUUGAACCGAUGAGAGUAAGUCACCCACCCGUUAUAUUCAUUACACCGGACGAUAUAAUACAAGUCAGCAUGGGACAAAGCCUAACAUUAACGUGUGAAGCCAUUGCCAGUCCUGGCAUAAGUGACAUAGAGUGGCGAUUCGACGAUUCAACCGAUCUUCCCGAUGAACUCCGAUAUGAGAUCACUACCGACACAGAACUGACAUUGACAAUAACAAAUUUCCAACCUAGCGAUUUAUUAUAUACUCUGAGUUGUUGGGCUAAAAACACCAAAGGCAGAACGUCACACGUAGUAGAGCUUGUGGAUUUGAGCUAUCCGCUGCCAGACUAUCCCAAGUGCACCUCAACAGAUCUAGAUGUGAAUGACUAUUAUUAUACGGAUACCUACAACAAAAGAUGGACUAGUACCUAUAGUUUAACUUUAGACAAAGAUGACAAUGGAAUCACUUUCACUUGUACGGAAACUCAUCCUAGACUUUACUUUCCGAGAACAUGCACAAUUGGGCCAAUUAAUGUACAGUAUAUGCCAAUUGUUACAUUAAAUCCGACAAGUAAAGAAGCAGGCAUUGGUGACACUGUGUUUUCUACAUGUACUGCAACUGGUAACCCAUUACCGUCUUCAGUUCAAUGGUAUUUUAAUGGUGUUACCAUGGUACCAGAUACCAGAUAUGUUGUGUCCUCAUCUGCAUCAACAUCAUCUUUGACCAUAUAUGGUCUACAAAGAAAAGACUUUGACCAGAGUAUCACGUGUCGAGCUACAAAUACCAUUGGAACACGAACUGUGUAUUUUUCACUGACAUCAGAACCAACAACAACAAUACCUACAACAACAGUGAGCGAUUCAAUUCCAUAUGACGGUUUUCCUGAUUGCACAUAUUAUCCAAAUAGCCUAAUACUUAUUGAAGGGACCACUGUGAGCCUCCAAUGUGAAUCACGUGGUGGUGAUGUACCAUCUGAACUUACCUGGGCACAAGAUACUUCCCCUAUCACGGGUUUAUUCUCCAUUGAUUUGUCCAAUAAAAUAUGGAUAAAUACCUAUGAUUUCAUCGUGACACAAGAUGAUAAUGGCGCUAUUUUUAUCUGCAGUGAAAGCCAUCCCAACCUUCCAGACAUCCGCACUUGUACAAUUGGUCCAUUGAAUAUACAGUACAAACCUGUUGUCACAGUUGAUCCAGAAAUAUAUCAAGCCUCAUUAGGUGAUACUGUAUCAUUCUACUGCCAGGCAUUUUCAAAUCCCCUUGCAAUGGUACAGUGGUAUGUGAAUGGAGUGCCACAGUUGCCAUACAGGUAUACCGCAUCUUCUGGGACAUUGACGAUAAAUAAUGUUAAACAGAGUGAUGUCAAUAACAUGAUUCGUUGCCAUGCAACAAAUACAAUUGGUACAACAUUCAAAGAAGUGCGAUUAUUAUUAUCUGCUGUAACUACUAUACCAACUACAACACAGGACCUAGAUAUACCUUACCCAAAUUAUCCACAAUGCUCUAUACAAGGAUUGAACACUGCUCCAUCUAUUAACAUUGUUGGUAGUCAGAUUGAGAUCACAUGUGAAUCCCGUGGUGGGAAUACUCCCCCUCAGUUAGUUUGGAAACAAAGUGGCGGCGAAUUAGAUGCAAGCUGUAACAACAACAUUGCUUCAGCAACUUGGACUUGUACACACAUACGGACAUUGAAAAGAAGUGAUAACAAUGUUGUCUUAACUUGUGAAGAAACACAUCCUCAGUUGCAGCAAACCAGAUCUUGCUAUAUCGGGCCACUUAAUGUUGUAUAUCCACCAUUCCUGGUCAUAAAUCCACAACAGGUAGAGGCAAGGAAUGGCGAACUGUUAAUAUUUACAUGUGUGGCAGAGGGAAAUCCAAGAAUAACCAAUCAUGAGUGGUAUUUCAAUGGUGAAACAACCAACCCAGAUCCAGCUCGUUACACUAUUAACUCUGAUAGUGGUAUUUUAUAUCUUACUAUAUAUAAUGUGCAACAUGGUGAUGCUUUACAGACAAUCAGUUGUCGGGCUUCUAAUCAAUACGGGACAACUUCCACCAAUAUCAGAAUAGAUUUCCUGCAACCCACAAUGUUACCAACCACCACAGAGGAGGGCAGUGAUAAGCCCAUUGAGGGGUAUCCAGUUUGUACCACCAGUGGUAUUCUUUCCCAGAUGAAUAUUGCUGGUACAAAUGUAUCAAUCACGUGUGAGUCACGAGGUGGGAGUGAACCAUCACAACUACGAUUGAAGAGGUGGAAUGUUGAUCUUGAAGCUGAAAUCAACAAUGAUUUAGUAAAUUCUAUAUGGCAGAGUAGUUUUGCAUGGACUCUUGACUGGGAGGACAAUGGUGCAUUGUUCAGCUGCCGGGAAACACAUCCGAAUCUAGCUGGAGAACGUAUAUGCACUAUUGGUCCUUUGAACGUAGGAUACUCACCAAAAGUUACCAUUGAGCCUCGGAGUAUGCAGGCUAACUUGGGUGAUGUUAUAUCCGCCACCUGUUCUGUCAUUAGUCAUCCAUCAGUGACGUCACUUAAGUGGCUUUUCAAUGGAGAAACAACACUACCAGAUUCAGACCGUUAUAUUAUAAGUGAGACAAAUAGUAUUGUUUGGUUAACAAUAAUGGGUAUUCAAAGGUCUGACUUCUCUAUUACAAUUAUGUGCGCAGCAACAAACUCCAUCAGCACUACUUUAGAACCCGUUUUACUGCAGCCUGCUUUCACAGUCACUUCAGAGGCACCAGUUAUUGUGACGAUGCCUACAGAGGAACCAACACUACCCAACAAUCCUUCAUGUUCAUCAGAUGGAAUUCGCCAUGGAAACCAACCAAAUAUGGCUGGGGACACUGUUGUAAUCAUGUGUCAGUAUCCCAGUGGAUAUCAAUCACCCGAGCUUGACUGGUUCCGAAAUGACGAACUUCUUGAGAUCAACUCUGUCUUGGAUUAUGUAAAUAAUGUUUGGACAAAGCAGUAUCGCUGGGUGUUAUCCCCUCAGGACAAUAGGAUGAUAUUUACAUGUAAAUUAACACAUCCAGGUUUAUCAGAAUCAGGAUCAUGCCAAAUUGGACCUAUAAAUGUUGAGUUUGCACCGAUUAUAACAAUUUCACCAAUUGAAAUAACAGUAGUAUUCGGACAGAAUGUUGUGUUCCAAUGUGAAUCAGAAGGUAAUCCGCAGCCUCUUACCUAUCUUUGGACAUUUGACGGCGAUUCCAGAAUUCCAGAUAACGCGCGUUAUAGCACCACCCUACAUGAAGGUGGAAUUAUGUUAUCCAUACAAAAUGUUAACCAGGAAGACGUGCUUAAAAACAUUGCUUGUGAAGCAGGCAACCAGAUUGGAAUUACUGUGGCUUUCAUCCACAUGGAAAUCUUACAAACAAUGUCCACAACUUGGUCUAUGGUCUUUACAGAAAAACUUUCAACUACACCGUCUCAGUACAUAACAGGAAUUAAACCACCUGAUUCUGGUUACCCUCUGUGUACCGCAGACGGUAUCCGGAUGGAUAAUACACCCAAUAUUGCAGGGAGCACAGUUGGCAUUACAUGCGAAUCCAGAGGUGGAUACCCAGCGCCAAACCUGGAAUUUAAACGUACUGGUGAGAUCCUUAAUUCUAGUUUGACUCUUGACUCUGGCAACAACAGGUGGAAAAUUACCUAUGAGUGGGAAUUGUCAUCACUGGACAAUUAUCAAACGAUUACAUGCUCAGAAUCCCACCCAAGUCGCCAGCGUCCACGUACGUGCAGUAUAGGACCUAUCAUCGUUGCCCAUCCUCCAACUGUCUUAGUCGACCCACAGGUAGUUGUAUGUAAAUUAGGUAUGAAGCUGCUUAUCAACUGCAAAGCAUCCGGGAAUCCCAGCCAGAUUCAGCAGAUUAGGUGGUUGUUUGAUGGAACCGAUAACGUUCCAGAUCCAGACAGGUUUUUUCGUUCGACUGACCAACAAUACAUAUGGUUAACAAUAAUUGAUAUUGAAGAAAUCGACUUCUCUUAUAGAAUAUCGUGCCAGGCUAGGAACUCUGUUGGCUCAUCGACAGUCAAUGUGCAUCUUAUUCCACCAGCCAACAUUACCAUACCCACAAGGAAGCCUGUAAUCACAAUUAAAUACCCAGACACAGGCAGAAAGCUUACCAAUGGUGGGACGCCGACUUCUCACAGUUAUUUUUUGUUUUUGUUUUCAUGCUUUGUAAUGUCAAUUGCCAGUAGAUGA